AUGGCCGCUCAUGGCCGCAGCUCACCGCACCCCUCCAUGCAGGGCAUGCUCAACAAGCUGCACGGCCAGCCGGACAGUUAUGAUCGCAAGAGCAAAUAUCGCAUGGGCCGAACCCUGGGCGCUGGCACCUAUGGUAUCGUCAAGGAGGCCGACGGGCCUACGGGCAAGGUCGCCGUGAAGAUUAUCUUGAAGAAGAACGUCAAAGGCAACGACCAGAUGGUCUACGAUGAGCUGGAGAUGCUACAAACGCUUCAACAUCCACACAUUGUCAAGUUUGUGGACUGGUUCGAGUCUCGCGACAAGUACUACAUCAUCACUCAGCUGGCCACAGGUGGCGAGCUUUUCGAUCGUAUCUGCGAGAUGGGCAAGUUCACUGAAAAGAACGCCUCCCAAACCAUGAGGCAAGUCCUGGAGGCCGUCGAUUAUCUCCAUACCAAGGACGUGGUCCACCGAGAUCUCAAGCCCGAAAAUCUCCUCUAUCUGACUCGCGAACCGAACUCAGAUCUGGUCCUCGCAGACUUUGGCAUUGCAAAGCACCUCGAUAGCCCCGAGGGCGUGCUCAAGACCAUGGCCGGAUCAUUCGGAUAUGCAGCUCCAGAAGUCAUGCUGAAGCGCGGCCAUAGUAAGCCGGUCGACAUGUGGUCCCUGGGCGUCAUCACAUACACACUCCUCUGUGGAUACUCGCCCUUCCGCUCCGAGUCUCUCACGGACCUCAUCGAUGAGACCAGGAACGGUCGCGUGGUGUUCCACGAGCGUUAUUGGAAAGACGUUUCCAAAGAGGCCAAGAGCUUCAUCCUUUCUCUUCUCAAACCAGAUCCACAUGCCCGUGCCACAUCCGCACAAGCUCUGCAGGAUCCGUGGAUUGCUGGCAAGGGUGCCACCGACCACAACUUGCUUCCCGAGAUCAAGGCCUACAUUGCGCGCGCGCGUCUGAAGCGUGGCGUCGAACUGGUGAAGCUUGCCAACCGGAUAGAGAGUCUGAAAAUGCAGGAGGACGAAGAGGACGGUGUUCCUCAGGAGUCAGACAUUCCUGCCGAUCCAAUCGCUGCUGCUGACGACGCGACAUCCCACAGCCGACAAGGUAGUGUCUCGUCAGGUGUGCAGGUGGCCGAAGAUCACGAUCCGAGUAAAAAACGGAGUCUAUCGAAGCUGGCAAAGAGUGCAAUCUUUCGUGAGGUCGUACUAGCAAAGGUGCGGGAGAUCAAGGCAGAAGAAGAAGCCCAGAAGACAAUUUCUGAGGCGACCGGCAAAAGUUCGAAAUGA